UUUCUCAGUUGUGUUUGAACAUUCGGCGCGACAACAUUCGCAGCAAAAGUCGUCGCGUAGCUCGCGUAAUCAAGAAAAAAUUCGAUUUUUUGGCAAAUUUUUGUACUUUUUCCGUUUUUCGAACGACUCCAAGUCGUAAAGUACCAAAAAUCUUCGACGAAAUUAAGCAAAACCGAGUGACAUCCACAAUUUUUAAAGCAAAAAGUAUUAAGAGACACGAUGCAUAGAGCAAAGGCAGCAAUUAGCGUCAUUGCGCCCGUGGGCCAACAAAAUUUCGGUGCAUGGCUUCUGCGGGGCAGCAACAAGUCAAAGUUGACAAAUGAACUGGUCGCUGCGUCAUCCGUCAAGUUGUACAAUUCGACGGCAGCAGAGCCUUUUCUUAAUGGAAGCAGCUCAGCGUAUGUCGAGGAGAUGUACAAUGCCUGGUUGAAGGAUCCGACAUCCGUUCAUGCGUCAUGGGACGCCUAUUUCCGCAACAACUCGUACUCGGCACCCCCAUCGUUGGCUCCCCUGCCGAAAAAUCACGUUCCUGCGUCACAAUAUUUGGGCGCCUCGUUGCCUUCCGCUCCCAUGGGCGGCGCCGUUGGAGGUCGCAUCGACGACAAACUCAUCGACGAUCAUUUGGCAGUGCAAGCUAUCAUUCGUAGCUACCAGUCACGUGGUCAUUUAACAGCCGAUUACGAUCCAUUGGGUAUUGUUAAUGUUGACAAACAAGUUGGUCCAGAUGGGAUUGCACGACGUGCUAAUGAAAAAGUUACACGAACUUACAUGCAAUUCGAGGAAGCUGACAUGGAUCGCGUUUUCAAGCUCCCAAGCACGACAUACAUCGGCGGCAAGGAGAAAUUCCUUCCGUUGCGCGAAAUUUUGAACCGUCUCGAGAACACGUACUGCAACAAAAUCGGCGUGGAAUUCAUGUUUAUCAACUCUUUGGAGCAGUGCAACUGGAUUCGUCAGAAAUUCGAGUCCCCGAAUUCGAUGAAGUUCACAAAUGAGGAAAAGAGAUUGUUACUUGCGCGUUUGACGCGUGCCCAUGGAUUCGAAGCUUUCUUGGCAAAGAAAUUCUCGUCGGAAAAACGUUUUGGUCUCGAAGGAUGCGAAAUUUUGAUUCCCGCCAUGAAGGAAGUUAUCGAUGUGUCGACCAGACUUGGAGUUGAAUCGAUUGUCAUGGGAAUGCCGCAUCGUGGAAGGUUGAAUGUGCUUGCGAACGUUUGCCGUAAGCCGUUGCAUCAAAUUUUCACACAAUUUGCCGGACUUGAAGCUGCUGAUGAUGGUUCUGGUGAUGUCAAAUAUCACUUGGGCACAUACAUCGAGCGCUUGAAUCGCGUCACAAACAAAAACAUUCGUCUCGCUGUCGUCGCCAACCCGUCUCACUUGGAAGCCUGCGAUCCCAUCGUACAAGGCAAAACGCGUGCCGAGCAAUUCUACCGCGGCGACAACGAAGGCAAGAAAGUAAUGUCCGUUUUGUUGCACGGCGACGCCGCUUUCUCCGGUCAAGGUGUCGUUUUCGAGACAAUGCACUUGUCCGAGCUGCCCGAUUACACGACGCACGGCACAAUUCACAUCAUCGUCAACAACCAAAUUGGCUUCACCACAGAUCCGCGUCAUUCUCGUUCCUCCCCUUACUGCACGGAUGUCGCUCGUGUCGUAAAUGCUCCCAUUUUCCACGUGAACUCUGACGACCCGGAAGCUGUGAUGCACGUUUGUCGCGUCGCUGCUGAAUGGCGCGCUACUUUCCACAAAGAUGUUGUCAUCGAUUUAGUGAGUUAUCGUCGCAACGGCCAUAAUGAGAUUGACGAGCCGAUGUUCACGCAACCUUUGAUGUAUAAGAGGAUUAAACAGACGAAACCGUGCUUGGAAUUGUACUCGAACAAGUUGAUCACGGAAGGAUGUGUGACAGCGGAUGAAGUGAAGGAUGUCAAGGACAAAUAUGACAAAAUUUGCGACGAGGCGUUCGAACAGGCGAAAACUGAGACACAUAUCAAGUACAAGGAUUGGUUGGAUUCGCCCUGGUCUGGUUUCUUCGAAGGCAAGGAUCCCUUGAAAGUUUUGCCGACGGGCGUUAUUGAGGAAACUUUGGUCCAUAUUGGCAAUCGUUUCUCGUCCCCGCCCCCAAAUGCCGCCGAAUUCGUCAUUCACAAGGGUUUGAUGCGUAUUUUGGCCGCUCGCAAGGAGAUGGUUGAAGCUCGUGUCGCCGAUUGGGCCAUGGCAGAAGCUUUCGCUUUCGGUUCUUUGCUUAAAGAAGGCAUCCAUGUACGUCUCUCGGGUCAAGAUGUCGAACGUGGCACUUUCUCCCAUCGUCAUCACGUCUUGCACCAUCAAACUGUCGACAAAGCUACUUAUCGCCCCUUGUGUCAUUUGUACCCCGAUCAAGCUCCCUACACCGUUUGCAACAGUUCCUUGUCCGAAUACGGCGUACUUGGCUUCGAACUCGGAUAUUCCAUGACAAACCCGAAUGCCUUGGUUUGUUGGGAAGCCCAAUUCGGUGACUUUAACAACACGGCGCAAUGUAUCACCGAUCAAUUUAUCUCCUCGGGACAGGCGAAAUGGGUGCGUCAAAGCGGUUUGGUAAUGCUUAACCCACACGGAAUGGAAGGUAUGGGACCCGAACACUCCUCGGCACGUCUCGAACGUUUCUUGCAAAUGUCCUCAGAUGAUCCAGAUUAUUAUCCUCCUGAAUCGGAUGAAUUUGCGAUCAGACAAUUGCAUGAUAUUAACUGGAUUGUGGCGAAUUGCACGACGCCCGCGAACUAUUUCCAUAUCUUGCGACGACAAAUUGCUUUGCCUUUCCGUAAACCCUUGAUUUUGAUGACGCCAAAGUCGUUGUUGCGUCAUCCGGAAGCCAAGAGUCCUUUCUCUGAUAUGACCGAGGGAACGGAAUUCCAAAGAAUGAUUGGCGAAAAGGGAGUUGCUGCUGAAAACCCCGGAUCUGUCAAGAAAUUGAUCUUCUGCAGCGGUCGUGUUUACUAUGACUUGACAAAAGCCCGUGCUGAGCGCAAAUUAGAAAAUGACAUUGCUAUUGCCCGUGUUGAACAAAUCUCUCCCUUCCCAUAUGACUUGGUGAAGAACGAAUGCAACAAGUAUCCCAAUGCCGAAUUGUGCUGGGCACAAGAAGAACACAAGAAUCAAGGCGCUUGGAACUACGUCUUGCCCCGCUUCGAUACCUGUCUCAACUCGUCUCGUGACUUCAGUGUCGUUGGAAAAUCUGACGAAUCCUGGUUAGGAAAGCUUAAGAUUAAAAAGUCGAGUGCCGACAGCCACUUGGUUGAUGAUGGCUCGAAGGGCACUCGAGGUCCCAUCCAGGUGAAGGAUAAUUUCAAUGCUCCGGAUGAUGCGGCGCUUAAGCGUGCACGUGGCUCCGUACGACCAUUUAGCUAUGCUGGUCGUCCAUGCGCUCCAUCUACCGCUACAGGUUCCAAGGCGCAACACAUCAAGGAGUUGAACAACUUGCUCAACGACGCCAUGGAGCUUAAAUAAGAUUUAGACGAUGAUUAUUCACUUUAUGGUUACAUUAAAGAAUAUUUUUUUUAAGUGUAAGAUA